AUGGCAUUUGGUCGUUAUUCUCCUUCGUAUGAUUUUCAAAACGCUGCGUUUUGGCGCACCCUUCUCGGGUUACUUUGUAUACUUACACUUGUGCUUACGGGGGUCUUAACACCACCUGAAGAUCCUGUCAAGUGUGUGUCGGGAAAUACGAAUUGUACGGUUACAAACUCAUAUGGAGCUUUCCCUGACCGCUCCACUUGUCGAGUCGCCAACGUGGCAUACCCAACAACCGAAGCCGAGCUCGUAUCUAUCGUGGCUGCCGCCACUAAAGCCGGACGGAAAAUGCGUGUAACCACUCGAUAUUCCCAUAGCAUCACUAAGCUCGCGUGCACGGACGGAACCAACGGUUUGCUCAUUAGCACAAAGUUUCUAAACCACACGGUUCAAGCCGAUGCAAGAGCCAUGACCUUGACGGUUGAGAGCGGCAUGACGCUUAGGCAGUUAAUCGCUGAAGCAGCUAUGGUUGGAUUGGCGUUGCCUUAUGCACCGUAUUGUGCGGUCCAUGAUUAUGUGACCGAGAUCAGGAUGGUUAGUCCUGGCUCGGUCAACGAUGGGUUUGCAAAGGAUUUCGCGGAUCAAGCCGUGACUUUUGGAGAAAAACAUGAGUUUGCAGAUUUAUUAUGGUUACCGAGCCAAGGAAAAGUCGUGUAUCGAAGGGAUGACCGAGUGGCAGUCAACACAUGA